AUGACGGGCAGCACCGCCGCCACCACCACGCUGAGCAUGAAGCUCCUCGUCGACACCAAGGGGCGCCGCGUGCUGUUCGCGGAGGCCGGCAAGGACGUGGUGGACUUCCUCUUCUCCCUCCUCGCCCUUCCGAUCGGCACGGUCGUCAAGCUGAUCGGCGCCAAGUCCAUGGUGGGGAGCGCCGGCGACCUCUACCGCAGCGUCGAGAAGCUCGACGGAACCUACGUCCAGCCCGGCGCGGCCAAGGAAGAGAUCCUCCGCCCCGUCAUGGCCCGCUCACCGGCCAACAGCGCCCUCCUCGGCCUGCCGGCCCCGACGCCGCCGCCGGCUCCGUCCAACAGAUUCUUCAAGUGCUCCAUCGCCUCUUACAGCGUUUGCCGCGACUACGUGACGGACGUGAGCGGCACCAAGUGUCCCCGAUGUUCCAAUGCGAUGACGACCCAAAUCCAGUACGCGCCGCCUGCCGGUGCAGCAGAUGGAUUCGUGCGGGGCGUCGUGACGUACACGGUGAUGGACAGCCUCGCGGUGUCGCCCAUGUCAGCCAUCUCCAGCAUCACACUGCUCAACACCUUCGCGGUCACGGAUCUCACCGCGCUCCAGGAGAAGACCGUGCAGAUCGGAUACAAGGAGGGUUUGGAGAUACUCAAGGCCUCGCUGCAGUCCAAGACUGUUCUCACCGACGUCUUCCUUGGCAACAAGUCCCCCAGCCACGAUUGA